CCAAUCACGACCUCCAACGUUACUCGUGAAUAUGAGCUCUCUAUCCCCGGCGAAUGUUUACAACAGCGAUUCGCUGAGAUCGUUGCCGAGCGCACGACUCAAGCUCUCCCUUCAGCCUACCUCACGCUAACCAUGUUCACCUAUUCAGUCUAUUUGGGCACAGGACCCAGUCUGCCAGGCGGACUAGUGCGCGACUCUGCCCUGCCGCAGCAGAUCUUCAAUGCAACGGCUCUCGUUCCUCCGAUAAGUCUCUGCACCUAUUGGCGUUGCACUGCUGAGACUACAGACUUUCGACUGGACUACGCUACUCACUGGCCGAAACCAAAUCCGAAUCAAUCAGAAGAGAUUGCUAGGUGA